CUCGAAGUUUUGCUGUCUGCUUUCAGAGCCCUGGUCGCUGUAGCCGUAGCGCUUCUUGAGGAGUUAUGAGCUUGUGCAGGAGAGGGAAAGCACGACAAAAAAGGAUCAUCUCGUCCUGAGACGACCAGAUGAAAAACGGAGUAUAAAUACAAUACUGGAUUUACACCAAUAUAUAUAUAUCUUGCAGAUUUCAAUUAAUGCAUCCAAUGGGUUACCGGUCCCUCAAUAUGGGGGAGCUAAGCUGAUGCUGGGGGGAUGAAUAUUCUUAUGUAUGCUGUACAUUUAUAGCUAUAUAGAUACGGACGGAACAGGUUAGCCGGAAGAUUUUAUCUUGAAGCACUUUCCAUUAAAUACCAAGGCAAGGAUAUCCCUCUUUAUUUUGCACUGUGCGAAACUGGUCACAUUGGCAAUAACGAAAGAGAACCGAAAUCUUGUAAAAUAACAGAAAUGAUUUCGUUUCUUGACACAACUGCUCCAGCACUGGUUCUCUUGUGCGGCUACUGCGUCCUGGCCGACACCGUGCUCACGAACUUCACUUUGGAUAACGAAGUGCAUUCGAGUUUCAUACAUCGGCGCCUGAAAAGCCAGGAGCGCCGGGAGAUGCAGCGGGAGAUCCUUUCCAUUCUGGGGCUGCCGCACCGGCCCCGUCCUCACCUUCACGGGAAGCACAACGCGGCGCCGAUGUUCAUGCUGGACCUGUACAAUGCCAUGUCUACCGAGGGAGAGGAGGACGGCUACUCGUAUCCCUACAAGCCGAUCUUCACCACCCAGGGACCCCCGAUAGCGACUUUACAAGACAACAACUUCCUCAACGAUGCUGACAUGGUCAUGAGCUUUGUCAACCUAGUUGAGCACGACAAGGAGUUCCUGUCAGUGCGACGCCACCACAGAGAGUUCCGGUUCGAUCUGUCUCGCAUCCCUGAGGGAGAGGCCGUCACAGCGGCUGAGUUCCGCAUCUACAAGGACGUCAUCCACGAGCACUUCGACAACGAGACCUUCCGCAUCAGCAUCUACCAGGUGCUGGAGGAGCAUUCGGACAGGGAAUCUGACCUCUUCCUCUUGGACUCCCGGGUGAUCUGGGCGGCAGAAGAAGGCUGGCUGGUAUUUGAUAUAACUGCCACCAGUAACCACUGGGUACUGAACCCUGGGCGUAACCUGGGUCUGCAGCUGGCACUGGAGACUUUGGAUGGCCAGAGUCUGAAUCCCAGGGUUGCAGGGCUGAUUGGCCGCAGUGGCCCUCAGAGCAAACAGCCUUUCAUGGUGGCCUUCUUCAAAGCCACCGAGGUGCACAUCCGCAGCAUUCGCUCAGUCAACAGCAAGCAGCGCAGCUCCAACCGCUCCAAAAACCCCAAAGGACAGGAAGCUCUGCGUGUCUCUAACAUGGCAGAGAACAGCAGCGCGGACCAGAAGCAGGCCUGCAAGAAACAUGAACUUUACGUCAGCUUUCGAGAUCUGGGAUGGCAGGACUGGAUUAUUGCUCCAGAGGGAUAUGCUGCAUAUUACUGUGAAGGAGAGUGUGCUUUUCCUCUCAACUCCUACAUGAAUGCUACCAACCACGCCAUAGUACAAACACUGGUUCACUUCAUUAAUCCUAAACUUGUGCCUAAACCCUGCUGUGCCCCAACUCAGCUCCACGCUAUCUCCGUGCUCUACUUUGAUGACAGCUCCAAUGUCAUUCUGAAGAAAUACCGCAAUAUGGUGGUGCGGGCCUGUGGGUGCCACUAGUGACCUCUCAAGCUUUGGCCAAGAAGGACAAGAGGGAGGACAGAGGUGCAGGGGAACCAACAGACUCUGUAACAUCAAAUGGCUUCUCUCAAAGGGACUACAACUGUGGUUUGCAAUCCCAGCAUUUCCCUCAUGGGAAUGUGUAGCAGGCAAACUAAACUAAAGCAAGUAGCCUUCAUAUACAGUCACCCGGGCCGGAGCGAAAGACUACGGACGUUCUUGUCCCUUAGCUUUCCGAAUCUCCUCCAGACAUCUUGCGUUUUAGGCAACAGCAAGAGUCAUGAUGGGGUGGGAAGGGGGGGAGAAUGCACUCCUAGGUGCUGAGAAUGAACCACCACAUUCUUUAUCUUUCUACACGGAUGAGUUCAUUUCCAUUGUGGUUAGUGGUUAAUUGAGAGGGCAGUUGUCCCUUUACAAUAGCUGCAUCCCACUCUUUAAACCAGUCUAUUAUAUUCCUCCCACUACACCUAUAAAACGUCCAAAAAAACUCCACACUUAUGAAACACACUGAGGAAACAUUAACAAUUAUACACUACAUUAAUUUAUAUAGUAUAUUUAUACCUAUAUUACUUUUCAAUAUUUGGAAACACCAUACAAAGGCUGAUAAAAAGAACAAUGUUAUUAAUUCUUCUGUACUGGAAUCAUUUAAUUUCCUAAUAUCUUUGUGUCCCUGUACAGGAAAUUGACUCCUCCUUAGUAAUAUUGACUCCAAAGAGUGAUGGCAGACCAAUGUAUCCUCUUUCUCAGAUAGUUGUAUAACUGGAUAAGGUUUGUGUUUUGCCUGAUAUGACAAAUGGGAGGGCCUGCAUAUUAAAAAUGUAGGUUUCACUGAAUGCACAAUCACUUUCUUUGAAUUAUUGUAGAUAUUUAAAAGUUAAACCUUUUUACACAAGUUAAGCAGCAGUUCAGAUAUGUAUACUAACAUUUACUGUAUGAGGCAACACAUCUCCUCUGCUGUUAUACAGCUCUCCUAGUUUUAGGAGUAUCUGUUUCCCAGCUAUCCCACUUACAAAACUUAAACAGACAUUUUCAUCAUCAAUAUAUGUUACACUUUUUAAAAGAGGAAAUGCAUAGGUGUUCAGGGGUGCCAAGAGUAGCAGUCCAUGAAUCACCAAUAGCUUCCCCAAGUCCUCUAUAGAUGUUUUCAAGACUUUAAAAUAGAACAAAGUAAAAGUAUUUAGCAUAGUCAACAUAUUUAAUGUGUUAAAGAAUAUUAAUCACUUUAAUCAGGCAUCAGACAAAUUGCACCGUUGUUCAUCUUUCCUAGCAAACAGAGCUUGCAUUAGGAUGUCAUGAAUGUCUGCAGUAUAUUGUAGCAGAGAAAACAGUUGUCUGUUUAGGGAUACAGAUUGAUACUGAUAUUAGUGAACACAGGGAUUAUAGUGAACAAUGAACAAUAUCAUUUUCUUCACUAACUUCACUGUGUCUCUACACAGUGUCACCAGACUUUUAAAUGGUAUUUAUCGCAUAAAUAUUUCAUAUCCUUAAAUUUCCCUGAAAAAACAAAAACUGAAAAUCAUAAUUAAUUUUUUAUUUCGGGAGUGCAAUUACAGAAAACCUAAUGGUAGUAUAUGUAUGUUUAAAUAAAAAGACAAGGUUCUUGUAAAUCAAAAUUUAUAUUAACAGAACUAUAGUAAGAAAAAAGUAUUCACACCAUUUUCCUCAGAUUUUGUGUUCCCUCAUUGUCAUCUAUUAUUGCUUGCAAACCGAUUUGCUCUUUUUUAAUCAACGUCCACCUUUUGUAGGUCGAUGUUUUGUUCAUUUUUUGUCUCCUUUUCUCCAAAUAUGUUGUAGUGCUUCACUGGAACAAAAAAUAUUUCUUGGUUUUAUCAAACAAAUAAGUCAAAAGAUUUGAGAUAUUCUUUUAACAAGUCAACUUUCUUUAUUUUUCAGUCUUUUUUUGCCUUUGUGUUUUUUUUUAUCAGGUAAUUUUGCAUUGUUUAGUCACAUGCACUGAUUUUAAAGUCUUCCAGUCUUUUUCCUUCAGAUGCUUAGUCCCAGAAAAUCCCCAGACAAAAAUAGUAAAAGUCCUCAAAAGAUGUGUUUAGACAGGAUCAUUGGCAAAGAUACGCACCUACAUGACAUGCCUGUGUAACUUUAGUACAUUUUAAUGAGGACAAGUUGGUGAAGAUGUACCAUAUCGGGAAGUGUACUUGAAGGCAGUGGUCAUGUGUGUCAUGGUGCUGUACAUAGGCUCCACUGACUAAGAAAGACAUGGCAGACAUCACGUGUGGGGAAGACUUACUGUAGAAGAGACAGCAUAAGGAAUGCUUUUAUUGGGGACUGAUUAAAAUCAUAUUGUUAUUACGUGUUUAACGGUAUUGCUGACCUUUGAGUUCAUCUUCUACCUCUUGAUUGAUAACAGCACCUUUCACUGGGUGUCCCUGUUUCAGACAAAACAUGCGUGCUGUAGGCUUUCAUAAGAAGGAGCUCAUUUUGUCACACCUGCUUUUCAUCAGUGAAGACGAGCAAACAAGUUAGGAGAGCCUUAAAGCUAGAAUGAUAUUGUGAGAACCGUGUGUGUAGCAUUAGUCCCCAUUAGUCCUACUGUAUCUUUCAGGACAAUUUGCAAACUUUGGCAUGUAUUAAGCAUAGUUUAAUUUGUACCUCGUAGACAUAUACAUAGGUGCAUUCACGUCUGUUCUUUAAAUUAUUGAAUAUAAAACAAUGCCUUGAUAUUCCAAAGAAUUUUUCUUAGUGUGAUCUUAUUAAUUUUUCCAUAACAUUUUUAUUAGCAAACACACUGAGUUUUAAACCAAUUUGAAAGCCAAAUGCUUCCAUUAUCCGAAUAUGUUUAACCAGCAAUUUUUGUGUCAUCUUGACUUAGCAUUUAGUUAUAAAUGAAAGAAAAUAUUUUAAAUUCUUAAGCCACCAAAUGUGUUUACGUAAGCAGUUUAUCAAACUCUUUAUAUGAAAGGGAAGGUGUUUUAUUACAGUAUUUUGAAGUGCAGAAAAAAUCUAAACAUUGAAAAUGUUUUCUGAGAAUGGUGUGAAUGGUUUUUAGCAGUAUAGUUUUGUUAAGGGGAUUUAUGAUUCACAAAUUCUUUGUUUGUUUAGGUAAAAGGUUUGUAUAGGUAUAGAUAUCAGUCAUAUCUGUAUGCAGUAGGUCUGUAUUUUAUUAACAACCAUAAAUUAUGCCAUUUACUUUCUUUAUACUCAGUUAUUCCUCAAAUAUGGGUGGUUUCACCCCAUACUUUGAUUCAGGAGUGUCUUCCUUUUUAUGCAGGUGUUACUAGCAGACUAAUUUAAUCUGAACUGAUUUUGCGCUAUUUCCUUUAGCCACUGGAGUCGUAACACAGAUUCUUUGCUAUCACUACUGACUGUGAUCACAAGUCAGGCAAGACCUAGAACCCAGUAGAGCUGGCCAGCUGGGGUCAUCUUUUUCUGGAUCUGUCUUCAUUUAAAAAUACUAGCUGAAAAUGUGGUCCUUGUUGUGCUUUUGCAUACAGUAUUUCAAGCAUUGACUUAAAAGUCCAGUGUUUCAUUGUUAGGUAAACAUUCAUUUAAUACAGGGCUUACUUCUUCACGAGGACAUGUUUACUUUCUUUUGUACAUGGGUCCACAGUGCCUUCUACUGUCUCUAAGAUAUUGAAAGAAAUGGAUUGCUGCACAGCAAUUAUAUAUUCAUUCUCAAUUUUUUCUCCUCAAAAAGUUUCAGCCUUUAAUCUUUUAUAAUCCGAUUUUGACAUUUUUGGGACUUAAAAGUCAGGUUGUGGGGCCUAGUAAUAGAUUCAUCUUUGUAUGAUAUUUUGUAAAUAGUUUCACAAAAACAAAAACAAUGUAUUUAUUUGCACAUCUAGACAUAAAGGGGAAGUUUAUAUCAUCUAUUUAUUUUUCAGUUUGGUAGUUUCUCCCUUGUUGUUCUGUUUUGUGUGCUCUUGGGCAAACCCUGUCUUAACUUCAUACAUUCUGCCUUACUUAUCAGACCAUAACCUCCUUCUGAAAAGAUCUGUCUGGACCAAAUGUCAGAAAUUAAGCCAGGGAAGCAUAUUGGUGCAACAGGUUUUGGUGCAUAGCUCUUUACCACUGGGCUUCAGAAAGAUGCACAACUUAAAUUGGGUUCCACAAACCAAAACCUAUUUUUUUUUAUUUUUCUCGUCAGUCUCUUUUUAAAAUUAAAGAUGCCAUUUUCUACUUAAAACAUUGAAGGAGUUCCUCUGAGUUCUGAUGUUGGCCAUAUACAGUACAAGGGUUAGGUUUAGGAUUUGGAUUAAAUCUGUUACCUGUCUAGUGGUCAAACAUCUUGUCCACAAUCUGUAUCAAACUCUAAAGGCUAUCACACUCUGAAUGGGAUGAAAUUUUCUUGUCUGGUGAAAAAAUACAUUUCUAGCAAUAUGACUAAACACCCCUUAAUCAAAAUAGUAACAGUGCAACAAGAUGUAAAAUGUGCUGAUGUAAAAAUAACCGCAGAAGGAAUUUAUGCUAUUACUGCUUUUGCAACCAGUCAAAAACAUUUGGGUGUGUGUGUAUGCGUAUGCCUUUGUUUGCGUAUCUUUUUUGAAAUACUGCAAAAAACGAAAAAAAAAAAGAUUUUCGGAACUUUGAACACCUAUGACUCAAAGAGUAUAAACACCUUCUCAAAGUGUAUAAACAAAAACUGGUUCCAAGUUAUUUUGAUUCUGACAGAUUUUAAAUCAACAACCAUUUAAAAUAAUUUAGCCUUGCUUGCAAUUAGAAAAACGCAAGACAUAGUUGAUCAUUUUGGUGGAAUAUGUCAAAUAUUACUUUAUGGGUUUAUGCAAAGCCCUUGGUAGAAUUGUUAAAAUACCAUACAUUGAGAUUGAUCUCAAGAUUUAGACGCAUUAGACAUUGGUGAUGAAUCAUAAAACAAAACAGUCUUUUUUUGCAGGUAAAAGUAAAUAAUGCAAAUCGCAAUGCUUGAAAACAACAUAUAAGUUACAUAUUGACAUUUUAUUUUUCAGUUUCCUGUCUUUGUGGACCAUUUGUGUUAAAAUCCUUUUUGAAUCCUCUGUCAAUUCCACAGUUAUCAUGUAAGGAAACAGCAAAAAUGUGAUUCGACUUUUUUUAUGUCACUCCAGUAUAAUGCUGGCCUUUGCACUGGCAUUGGCGGUUAUUACACCUACAUCAUUUCUGAAUCUGGUUCUAUUCAAGUUUUCCCCUCACUUUGAAUAUUUCUUGUUGGAUUACACUUGGUGUGUGGCCGCCUUUACGCGUAAUGAGGGAUUGGAAUCCAAGGACAGAAUGGCCUCUUAACCAGUUUCACAAAUUCAGCAACAUCGCAAAUAAAAAUAUUUUCCAUCUUCUUAGUUUGAAUCACUGGCUGACCUUUUGAACCAAAGAAGACCUUCAGCUCCUUUAUCAGCUCCUAGUUACUAAUUGAAAGGGAAAACUAAUUUAUUUUACUCCUUUGCAAAAAAGAUUCUUUAUUUUUCAGAUCAGGUCUCUCCUUUUAUAGUCCUUGACUAGCUGAUAACCUAAAUAUAAACAAAGCAGUUAAGUUAUAUAACAAUACUACAGAUUAAUACAUGUAUCCUACUUGUCAAUAGUAGAACUUGGAGGAAGUUCUUCUGAAAUGAAUGAUUUUGCUUAUUGUGGGCUCAAUUUCUUUUAGAGUCUGUCAGUUUUUAUUUGAGGAUUAUAGCAAUUGAUCUUUUCAGUAGUCUUUUCCAAUGGCCAUUUAGAGUCUAGGCCACAUCUAAACAUUAGAUUUUGCAACCAAUGCAAACAUUGCGAAAACCAAUGAUAGAAACUUCUCCUUUAUGUACAAUUUUCAGGUCAUUUCAUAAUGUUAAAAGUAAUCUUCCUGCUGAAAAGAAACCACUUUUCUUAUUUAAGAGAAAUAUUUAUUGAGAGCAUGUGAGAACGAUGUACAUGCCAAACACAGCAUUUUGCCAACUCCUGUUUUAUAAUGUUUUAGUACAAAACUAGCUCAAUAAAUAAAAUGAAAUCCUA